AUGCCAUGGUCAAAAACGAAGGAAGAUUUCUUGCUUCGUGGAGAAGAUGUUUCCACUUUUUCAACUCUUGAAAAUGUGGGUAUCUGUCUGCUAAUCCUGCGAACAAUUGCUAGCUAUCAAGACCCCAGUCGCCGGAGUACAGCUCAGCAUGGGAAUUUUCAAGUGAAGGAGAGAAUGAAGGUUAUUAAAGAGUCUAGAGAGAGGUUUGGGAGGUUCUUUUAUAGGUUUCCUGAAGGAGAAUCUGCUGCUGAUGUUUUUGAUCGCGUUUCAGGUUUUCUUGAAUCUCUAUGGAGGGACAUAGAUAUGAAAAGGUUUCACCGAGACCCUUCACAUGACUUAAACCUUAUAAUUGUAUCACAUGGGUUAACUUGCCGCGUGUUCCUUAUGAAGUGGUUCAAGUGGACAGUUGAGCAAUUUGAGCACUUGAAUAAUCCAGGGAACUGCGAGUUUCGAAUUAUGCAGUUGGGGCCUGGUGGAGAAUACAGCUUAGCCAUCCAUCACACCGAUGAAGAAAUGCUAGAAUGGGGACUCUCUCCUGAAAUGAUUGAUGAUCAAAAGUGGAGGAUGCGUGCCAAGAAGGGUGAUUGGAACGAAAAAUGUCCUUGGUACCUUGAUGAGUUUUUUGAUCAUGUAGCAGACUCAGACAGAGAAUCCGAUGACAAAGAAAAUGGUUCUUCAGGCAUGUGUGAAUAGGGUUCCUCUAUAUUUGAUUGAUAAUUCUUUGAUUCAAUCUAUAAUAACUGCACUUUUCUAAUGGUAAACAUUAUAUUGCAAAAUGAAAUAUGUUGGGUUUGGUUCCAUGUCCGGGUCAUCCCUCAAAGAGCACCAUCAAGUUAUGAAAUUGAUUGUACUUAGUAUUGAUUGUAAACAAUGUAAGACAUUUUUUCUUGACAAUGUAUGAUUUAAUGCUGUCAUGCGAGGACAUUACAUCAUGUGAUCAUUUUCAUGAAGAAACAUUUUGUCUGGGAUUUAUCAACAAGGCUUCUUCAUUCGCAGCA